AUGCAAACUUUUAGAGCCCCGUCCUUCAUUCUUGCUGUCAGCAUGCUCCUGAUGGCCGCCGCCUCUGCUCGGCAGCUCAGGGCGGACUUCAACAAUAAUACCUGCCUCAAUGCCGAGCAUUUGGUUCGUUCUGCAGUCACCAGAAAGUUCCAGUUGACUGACAUCACUGCCCCGGCGACCCUUCGUCACUCCUUCCACGAUUGCUUCGUUAGGGGAUGUGAUGCAUCGGUAUUGCUCGCAUCACCCAAUAACGAUGCAACGACGGACCACCCAAUUGACCUAUCACUUGCAGGAAACGGGUUCGACACGGUGUCAAAGACAAGGCAGUAGUUGAUCAAAGACAAGGCAGUAGUUGACAGCUACCCUCAGUGCCGAAACAAAGUCUCCUAUGCUGACAUUCUUGCCCUGGCCACAAGAGAUGUCAUCUCCCUGGCCGGGGUUCCAUUUUACCAUGUGGAGCUAGGAAGGCGGGACGGGAGGAUAUCGACAAAAGCCAGUGUCGAGCAUGGAAUACCCCUACCCACUUUCGACCUUGUCCAGCUCAACACCAACUUCGGCGGACACGGUCUUUCCCAAACCGACAUGAUCGCACUAUCAGGAGGGCACACAAUCGGGAUUUCUAAUUGCAGCCACGUCUUUAAAAGGAUCUACAACUUCAACCUAACGCACCCAAUCGAUUCGACCCUCAACCUAUCGUACGCAAGGCACUUGAGGGACCUUUGCCCGAGAAAUGUGGACCCCAAUAAAGUGAUCGACAUGGACUCCACGACAACUCACAUAUUCGACAAUGCCUACUUCAAGAACCUUCAAAAUGGGACGGGACUUUUCAGCUCCGACCAGGUGCUCUUCACGGAUCCAAGGUCCAGGCCCACCGUAAACUUCUUCGCUUCAAACGACACUGCCUUUAGAGAGGCCUUCAAGACCGCCAUGACCAAGCUUGGCAGGGUCGGGGUCCUGACGGGUAGCAAGGGGGAAAUUCGAAUUAACUGUACCCGCCCAAACUAG